CUAGCUAUCAAAGUUCUGGCUCACCCGGUUGCUUUUCCUACACGGCCGGGGGCGGCUUUACUGUCCCUUCCCAUCCACGGCGGCCAAUAAACAUGCAUUGGCCGGCGCACGUCAGCACGGCGAGAGCGACGUUCCGGUGGUGCAACUCCAUAUAUACAACAUAGAUACGCGCACACAUAUGCUAGCUUUAAUUUAGCCGCUAUCUGUGGCUUGAAGCCAGGCAGAUGGAGUUUUGGGGACUCCCCACGCCUCAACCAAGCGCAUCAUGCAUCAUCGUCGUCUUCAACCGUCGUGCAGUUCCGGCGGUGGCGGCUGCAACUUGCAUGCAAUCGGCGCCAUAUACUCGAGAUCUGCAUGCUCCAUGUUGAAAUGAUGAUCUAUAUUGCACCGAUGAUGGCCGGCCGGUACGACUCGUCACACGCGGAUCAGAAAGGCAGCUGCCUCGACCCGUCUCCUCAAUCAAUCAGCUCACCACGUACCCAAAACCAUAUUCUCGAGCAAACAAGCUCCCUCUUCACUUCUUCAGUGUCCCAUCACCAAACUCCCGGCGACCAUUUGCUCUAGCUGCUGCCUCGCCGGUCAUUGCCGCCGCCUACCAUGGCUUCCACUCACCAGGACGUCGUGUUCGAGGUGAACGCCGUCGGCUGGGCCCCCUCCGGCGCGCGCACGGCGCUGUCCCUGCACCGUGAGGACGACAAGGCGCGGCUCCCCGCGGCGGCCGUCGGGCACGUCCACGAGCCCAGCGGCCGGUACGUCCUCGCCGCGGGCCGCGCCGACGAGGAGGACGGCCUGCACCAGGCCAUCUCCCCGGGCGCGCUCAAGCCCCGCGUCACGUACCGCGUCGCCGGCUGGAUCAGCGUGGCCGGCGGCGAAGCGGCGGCGGCGAAGGAGGGAGGCGGCCAGCAGCGAGCAGCUGAUGGCCACCCCGUCCGUAUCAGCAUCCGCGUGGGCGGCGACGGCGGCCGCGUCGUCGACGGCGGCGCGGUCUGCGCCGAGCCCGGCAGGUGGGCGGAGAUCAAGGGCACGUUCCGGCUCAGCGAGAGCCCCCGCGGCGCGGCGGUUCACGUGCACGGGGCGCCGGCCGGCGUCGACGUGAAGGUGAUGGACCUCCGGAUCAUCGCCACCGACCGCAAGGCGCGGUUCAGCCACCUCAAGGAGAAGACGGACAAGGUGCGCAAGCGUGACGUGGUCCUCAAGUUCGGCGGCCUGCCGGCGGGCGCGUCCGUGCGCGUGGUCCAGCUGGACAACGCCUUCCCGCUGGGCAGCUGCAUCAACGGCGAGGUCAUCCGCAUCCCGGCCUUCGUGGACUUCUUCACCGCCCACUUCGACUGGGCCGUCUUCGAGAACGAGCUCAAGUGGUACUGGACGGAGCCGCGGCGCGGGCAGCUCAGCUACGCCGACGCCGACCGCCUGCUCGACUUCUGCGACCGCGCGGGGAAGCCCGCGCGCGGCCACUGCAUCUUCUGGGCCGUCGACGGCGACGUGCAGCAGUGGGUCAAGGACAUCGGCGGCGACCGCGCCCAGCUCGCGGCCGCCGUGGACGCGCGCGUCCGGGGCCUCCUGGGCCGCUACGCGGGGCGGUUCCCGCACUACGACGUCAACAACGAGAUGCUGCACGGGCGCUUCUUCCGCGACCGCCUCGGCGACGGCGCCGCGGCGCGCAUGUUCCGGGAGGCGGCGCGGCUGGACCCGGCCGCCGCGCUCUUCGUCAACGACUACAACGUCGAGUGCGGCAACGACCCCUCGGCCACGCCGGAGAAGUACGUCGAGCUCAUCCGCGGCCUGCAGCGCGGCGGCGCGCGGGUGGGCGGCGUCGGGCUGCAGGGCCACGUCACGCACCCCCUCGGGGAGGUCAUCUGCGACGCGCUCGACAAGCUCUCCGCCGCCACGGGCCUCCCCGUCUGGAUCACCGAGCUGGACGUGUGCGAGCCCGACGACGCGCUCCGCGCCGACGACCUCGAGGUGGUGCUCCGCGAGGCGUUCGCGCACCGGGCAGUGGAAGGCGUCGUGCUCUGGGGGUUCAUGAAGGGCCACAUGUGGCGACCCGACGCCGCGCUCGUCAACCAGGACGGCACCGUCAACGACGCCGGGCAGAGGUUCCUCGACCUCCGGAGGGAGUGGACCUCCGACGCGCGCGGCCGCAUCGACGACGACGGGCAGUUCAAGUUCAGGGGCUUCCACGGCACGUACGUGGCGCAGGUAGCCACGGCCACGGGGAAGAUGCUCAAGGCGUUCACCGUCGACAAAGGGGACGCGGCUCUCGUACUGGACGUGAUGGAUGUCUGACUGGCUAUUUACUACACCAAUGAUUAUCCUCAAAGCUAGAUGAAAAGAUCACUAUUACAAAACACACGGCUUGUAGCGAUAUUACCGUCAGUUUUAGCUUUGAGAGGGCGCAAAUAAUUUGUGGUCUUUUUCCUCGCGCGA